CAGACCAUCAGACCUUCAGACCAUCAGACCUCCACUGUUCCUGCGAUCAUUGCUGCACCACAUACUGCUCAGACAUAUCAGGACAGAAAAUGGUGGACAUUCCGAGCUCUCCGAAGACAGCCUUCCUUGCGGUCCCUGCGGUCCUAUCGAGACCGCACUCACACAACAGUGAACUGGAGUUCGACUCCGGUAUGAACACAUCCGCCGCCUGGACUGUCUCCCUAGUCAACCCCGACGGGAGUCCAAGACUGAGCGUGAAUGGCAGCACCAAUCCGGCAACACCUGCGACUGUGGUCGAAGAGGACAUAGACCCCGCGGAAAGCGUCGACGGAAACGACGGCGCACUCGAGGAGGAGAUCCGCCCAGCCCGCGCCUUGUAUGCCUUCCAAGGCAAGGCAGAGUUCCGAGAGCUCACGCAUGUGGAGGCGGGAGACCAGCUCGAGAUCGUAAGAGAGGACGUGGGAGAAGGCUGGAGCCUGGCCAGGCUCGCGAGCACCGCGGCGGAGCGCGACGAGGAAGAGGGAGGUCGGAGCGAGAUUGGGUUGAUACCACGGUCAUACUAUAUCUUCACAGCGGAUUUCGUCUAUUCUGACGGUCUUGAGGUCCCCCCUCACCACACCCGCCAACGGAGCCGCCGCGAAGCUUCCACAGGCUCGAUAACCCCCCGCGGAGGAUCUCCCCAGCCGGAAGCGAAGCCGCUCGUACCUCAGAACACAGGAGAAUGGUUCCCUAGCUUCCGUCGCAGUCUGCUGGGCGGCAAGAGCCUGAACAGGUUCUCGAGCUUCGUCACUACGGGAGCGGAGGAAUUCGUCCUUCAGGGAAGCUCGACAGACCCGUCGGCCACCCAUCCUCCGCGCGAGCCGACGGAAAUCGACGAUGACGGGAAGCGAGAGAGUGUGUUGGGCAACCUCGCCGAGGCCGAACGGCACUUCGUCGAGGCGGGCCCGUCGUGGCGUGCAAAGGUCCCUCCUUUCCGCGUCCUCGUCCACUCCCCGAACAAGCGGACGUCGACGUUGUCCGGCGGGUACACGAUGUACGCGGUUACCUCCGUCUUCAGCGCGCUCUCCCACUCCCGGCCUGCGUCAGAUGCGGACUCAGACGAGAAUCCUGAAGCUGCAGAAGAACCCCCCGAGUCCAUACGGAUCACGGUCCACAGGCGGUUCUCGCACUUUGUUGCGCUGCACACGGCGUUGACGCGGCUGCUCCCUGGGAUCGCGCUCCCGCCGCUCCCGGAGAAGCAGUACGCGGGGCGGUUCAGCGACGACUUUGUGGAGGCGAGGCGAGGGGACCUGGAGCGGUACAUCAACCGUGUGGCGCGCCAUCCUGUUGCUCGGUACGCGGAGGUGCUCACAUUCUUCCUUGGUUGUGAGAGCGAUACUGAGUGGAAGAAGCAGCUCCCGUACUAUCUAUCGCUCCCUCCGAAGGGCCCGUCCUUCUUUGCGAACGUGUAUCAUCCUGCCUUCAACGUCGAUGCGGACGAGGCAUCCGAGACGAUCGAUAGGUUCGUCAAUCACACGCGUGCCGUAGGGAAAGGAGUGCAGGGGCUGCGGAACAUCUUCGGGAAGGUGCGCGAGGCUCGUGUCGAGAUGUCGAAGGCUGAGCGUUUGCUAUCGUACUCGCUGCUCUCCAUGAUCACUGCGAAACCUCUCGCGUCGGCGCCUACCACGGGACUUAGUGAGGACGAGGAAGGAGAGCAGAACGCCGCCACGCACGGACAUGUGAAUGAGGACGGUGCCUGGUGCUGGCGAGAGGGCUGUGAGAGCUGUCUGAAGCUCACUAAGGCAAUGCAGAAAACUUCGGAGACUUUGCAGAUUGUGGCGGACCUGUACGACGACCAUGCCAGGCGGAGACAGCUUGCCACGCAUGAGGCGUUCAAGAAUGUUGCCCACCCAACCACGCUGUAUGCUCCUGUCGUAGAUACCCAUAGAUCCACCUUGGCCCGAUACCAUGAUUCAGUAAUGGAAGGACGAGAAGAUGAGGAGAUGGCAGCUCGUUGCGAGACCGUUCUGAACACCACCAUGGCCGAGAUGGAUACAUACCACACCCAGAAGCUAGAAGACUUCCAGGACCUCGCGAAGGAGCACCUCGACGGCGAGAUCGCGCUCUACGAACAAAUCCUAAGUCGACUGCGUGCCGCCCGUAAAGCCUUCGAUCAGCCGCAGUACGACGAACUUGAACACGGUCCUCGACAGCCUUCCAUUUACGAGCGCGAACUCGAGCACCCACGUCUGAAUCCUACCCCCUUGUCCCAGCCCUGCCCACAUGUUUUCGAUUCAGCGCCCAUGCGACCCGUCAGUGUUGCUAUCCAGGAGGGCGUUGGCAUGAUCCUGGGCGCGCCUGGCCGGGCGAGCGUCUUUGGCAAGUUCUGGUAAUGCCACGCAUGCCAUGCGGACGUUUGUUCCCUGCACACGAUCCUGACGUCUUGAUUCCUGUGCUACGGGUUACAGUUUGCCGCCUCACGCGGAUGAAUUGAUUAUUUGUAUUCAUUCUCAAUGUCGCAAUGUCGCUUUAGACCCCCCGAACGUGUUCCGGCUGCUCUUUUGGGCCUAUCCAAUCUUCUCUUUGUGCCAGUGCUCCUGCUUAGAAGUGGGAAGUGGGCUGUUCAGGUCUUCUCGCUGGCGUCGUAAAAACCACUCCACACAUGAAACAAUCC